UGACAUGUAAGGUUUCUUUUGUCGACUGAAGUUGAUGGCUGCACCCAAGCAAACCAGUGCAUGCAUCAAAUGAGAUGAUGAGCUAAUAAGAAGUGCUUAGCUGUUCACAAGACACGAUUUGAUGUGGUUUCUUGCUUCAAAUGUCAAUACUCAAAAGUAGAAACCAUGAAGAGCGGAGUAAAACGGGGUUGCGGAACCAAACAGAUCCCCAUGUUAUGUGCCCUAUUACUGUUGGCUGGAACGACAACAUUAUUUUUUGUCUUUAUAGGACCAUUUGUAACAAAUCAGAUUUCAUUGAUUGUCACAAUUUAUGAGGGGAUUUUAACCUUUUUUGUCUUUGCCAUGUUUGCACAUGCCACUUUUCGGGACCCUGGAAUUCUUCCUAGAGCAAUUGUUGCAGUAGAUAGAGAUGAAGAUGAUUUCCGUCACCCAUUGUAUAAAAAUGUAGAAAUUAAUGGCAUCACUGUUAAGAUGAAAUGGUGUGAAACUUGUAAAUUUUAUCGUCCACCAAGGUGUUCCCACUGCAGUGUUUGCAAUACUUGUGUAGAGAUAUUUGAUCAUCAUUGCCCGUGGGUUGAUAACUGCAUUGGCAAAAGAAACUACAGAUAUUUUUUCUUCUUUAUACUCCUUCUUUCAAUACACAUUAUAUCAGUUAUCGUCCUCACUGUGCUAUUCAUACUGCAAGGGGAUGGAAAACUGACUGUUCCUGUAAUCAUAAUCAUCAUAGCCGGUUUGGCAGCAAUCCCUGUUUUUGGUUUAACAGCCUUUCAUAUUGGCUUAGUUGCUAUGGGAAGGACAACCAAUGAACAGGUGACUGGGAAAUUUGGAAGUGGACACAACCCUUUCGACCUGGGAUGUUUUAGGAAUUGCUGCUCAGUUUUAUGUGGCACGCAUAGUCCAAGGUUUGUUGGCUAUAGACCCCCAAAAUUCAAAUCGAAGGAGACUAGAAUGAAAGAAAAAAAGCGACCAGCAAAGAGUGCUACAUCCACUCGAGACGUGACGAUAGAAAUGACACCAGUGGGCAACGAAACACCAAAUUCAUCUACCAAAGGCUGGACUGAAAACCAAAACAUAUUGUCAAAGCAUGAAGGAAAUGGAACCGGACAGCCAGGAUCUUCAUCAGAGCCUGGGAAGACGAGAGUCAUUGGAAGUUACGAGGUUUCUGUUUAGAACUGGUCAUAUCACUCUAGAGUCAUCCAUUAAGUGUACUACAUGACACAUGGUAUGCAAGAUUGAAUGACAGCUACUUCGGUACUUUCACUGCGGGCUACUUCAGUACUUGUAUUGCAGGCUAUUACAAGAGAAGAUGCAACCAACAGUUGUCACAAAAGAGCUCUGUACUGAAAGCCAUUUUUACCCUUGUAAUAUGAUUUGAUAUUGGGGUGGUUGAUUGAUUGAAGGACAAUGAGUCAUUCCUAUUGAAUAACUUCAAACUGUAUUUUAGUCUGAAUCAUAAACAUCAAGACAAUUUAUUGGUAGCAGUUUUUAUAUAGUGUUUAUUACAACUAUAACAAUUGAACUGAUGCCAAAGAAACGUAACAGUCAUGCAAACGUCAACUACCGUUUCGGUCGAGUUUUGUCGAUGUUAGUUUCAAGAAUGCAACCGAGCUUUUAUUAGAAACUCUAAUCGUCAAAGUCGGCAAAAAUAGUUGUAUAUUUGAUGUAAACAACCGAAAUUCUGUUAAGGACGUGUUUGUAUUUGUAAUCCCAACCUCGUGAUUAUUAGUGUAUUUUAUAUUAUUGAUCUGUGCUGAAGAAUAUUGCCAUUCAAGUAAUAAUUUUGAUGGAUUUAGUAAGCAUCUACUGUCUUGACUCAAAUUCUUCAUGCGCAAUUAUAAACAUCCCUCUCUUAAACAGGGCUGGGCAUGUCAAUCUAGAUUCUCAUUGGCAGAUUUGACUAGCGUGGGAUAUUAUUUUAAACUCUUGGACAUCGUGUUCUCCUUUCAAAACCGCUUCAUAAUGCAAUUUAUUUUAAAAAACUUUUUGCAGCUGUCAUUUGUACUUUUUAACACAUUACCAAAUAUAUGUUCUAUAAACUCGGUUUCCUUACGUCUUACCGUGCAAAUAAUGCUCCUCCUUCCACAAAUAUCAUUAUUAUAGUAACCCCCUUUCCCUAUCCAGUUAUCUUAUUCAUCAAAUCUGCCUAAAGUCAGAGCUGGAAGAAGUUCACCUCUAGCCUUCCUGGGCCAUAGCGGCCAAGGGCAGAUCCCGUUAACUUAGAGGUACUACGCUAUGAUGGCUUCGAGGCAAGGCGGGUAUGUGUACAAUCAACUACUUUCACGCAAAGACCCUUGUGUCACUUGAGUGGCGUUUUUCCUCCUUGUGUCUCUUUAAAUGCUGAUUUUAAGUGCUAUUUUUAAGCUGUUCUUUAUUUGUAGUAGAUCCGAAUGCUAGCUCAUAGUUUUUAUCAAAAUGUGAAUGGUCUCUGACUUAAUUUUUCUCGGAGCUGCAAUUUCUGCCUAAUGUUUAAAGUGCAAUCAACAAAUGAUUUCAGAUCUUAUCUUAAAAGAAAACAUUAGGCUCUUUUUGUAACAUCAUGCAUUCAUGCGAAAGAUUUUAACUUGUCUUCUUCGCUUGCUUUCUUUUUAAGGAUAGUUUUUCAUCAACAUAUAAAACCCACAUAAAAACGAUUCCAUUUUGUAGGGUCAGACUGUCCAAUUUUGCAUUGAAGGAAUUUUUGUUGAAAAACAUAUAAUAACAGCAGGAAAGAGGGAGUCUUCAUGAUAGAUGCUAAAUAACAUGAAGGAAAGGUUCUAUAUAUUGCAUUCGAUUGCUUCUAAUGUUUUGUUCCUCGAGUCUUUGAUCUGAAAUAAACAUUUUUCAGAAAAUGGAAAGAAAUCGAGCUCCCAAUUUUCUUGCUUUUUGGAGAAUAAUCAAUUUUGCAGUUUCUUGAAAGUUCGUUUUUGAAUGCAGGUUUGAAUAUAUAUCGUUAUCUACAAUAGCCAAUUAUGUAUUAUUUCCGUGUUUGCGGCUGCAUCGUGCCAAAAUUCGUGGUGCCAUAACUGAAAAAACUACAAGGUUAAUGAAUACACGUUUUAACGUCUCCUUUUCUGUUACCUGAAAUGAAAUGCUACAGGAAAGUAUUGCAUAUCCCGUACACAGCACACAGAACGAAUGAAAGUGUCGAGGAAGAUAUCGUUAGAAGUGAAAACUAUGAAACGCUGCUGUUCAUGAUCAAACGAAGGAAAAUGAAAUGGUUAGGGCAUGUAUCUCCACAUCAAAAAGAGCUUAAGUUAGCAAACACAAUCAUGCAUGGACGGGUACCAGGAAAAAGAGGUCGUGGAAAGCCAAGAAACAACUGGAUUUCAAAUAUCUCAAACUGGACGACAAUGAGCAUAUACGAUGCCACAAAGUGUACAGCUGACCGAAAUACGUGGAGAGACUUUGUGAACUCACAAAAAGUGCACUUACGGCUACUUGGCUAUGGACAUUAAUUGAUUGAUUUCUGUUACCAUAGCCAAAUUUCAAAAUUUUCAGGAAAUGAUAGAAAGAAAUUUUGCUGUGAAAAUACCAGUUGCCUUGAACUUUAAACAAAAGUGCCUCUGCUAGAAAAGUUGGUUAAUGUUUCUUCUCCAAUCAUUCUUACGAAACUUUUAACAGCUCAAUCAAGUAAAUGAGAACAUAUUACUAUUCUUUUGAAAAUAAUACCCUAAAAUUUAAAGUCAUGCCAAAAAUCAAUCCCAAAACUUAUGACCAAUUUGAUUUUACCAAGAUCGAUAACCGACAAUUCAUUUCAUACUUGAUGGUACUCCAAAAAAUGGCGCAUCCCGUACCACUGUAUAUUGAAGUUACCCUCGACAAAAGAAAGUUCUUGCGUAAUUCACUUAAAAAAUAGGUAGGUUAUAAACUCGAAAAAUGAAGUAAAACUUUAUUCUUGACAUCUUUGAUAUUUUAAAUAACAAAUUAAUCAUUUUAGCUUUCUAUAUUGAAUAAGGUAUUUUAUGGAAAGUUCUUUUAAUACAAAUCAACUUUCUACAAAAAUGUGAAAACAUCAGCUGUAACGAAGGGAAGGUUGGGAUGACAAGAACAUUGGAAUGUAUUAAUUUCAUCGCUCAAGAUGAGCUUGAAUGAAAGUUUUCUGUUUACAUUUUCGCGAAGCAAUUCAUCAGAAAAAGUAAAGAGUCAAGCAUAUUUUCGUCGUUAAUAAAAUGGUUGCCUGUCUUUUUGUAGUGUGGUCUGGUCAUUUCGAAUGGCCAGAAAAGCACCCGACUUUGCAUGGCUUAAACCUGAUUUACACGAGACGAAUUUUUUCGUGCGAAGCGAAUGAUUCGCCGCGAAUGCGCGAAAAAUAUGCGCAGAAGUAGAGGUUAGAAAAUUCGCAGCGAAAAAGUAGAAACCAUUCCUACUUUCCGAUUCCGAUUUUCGCUGCGAAAUUUUUCGCCUUGUAAAAUAAACCAAUCAGAACAGCAUUCGAAGACACCAGAUAUCUGUUUUGAUUUCAGAUGGCCUACGUCUUUCCGCAUUCUUUCUCUCAAACACUCUCGCCUAAAACGUCAAUAAAAUAGGUUGGUAAUUAUUCAUUUCCUGUUCCUCGUACACAAUCCAUGUAAGUGGAUUCAUAUCAAAUUGUCAUUCAAACAUUUGAAUUUCAAAUUGACGAAAACUUGCUUGAAAGUUUCAUCGUUCUACCAAUAUGGCAGAAAUAAAAAAAAGGCAAGCAUUUCUUCAAAUUGCUGGAUUGUUGGCUGCUUAUUGGCCUGCUCAAGAGCAACAGUUUUAAGCAGAUGCACUAACAGAAUCUCGCAUGCUCUUGCAAGCUUCGAUAGCGACCUUUGAAAGUAUUUGUUAUACUGAUCUUAUGAAUGUCAACAUAAACCUCUCUUACCGAAAGAUGGAAUUCCCCUUUCUGAAGAUGUCCUGAAAAAUUUUUGUAAUCCAGUAUAGCUUUUUGCUGUUUUACUCGCUUUUUGAUAAAUUUAGAAUUUUAAACUUGCUGAUAAGAACACAUUUCGGACAGUCGCUAUAUUCUUUUGUAAUAUUCACAGCGAAUUCGCAUAAAAAUUUCUGCCAGUGUGAAUUGAACUUCGAAUUCGAGAGAAACUCGUCGCUAAAAAUUCGUGGCGGAAAAGUCGCUUCGAGCGAAAAAUUCGACUCGUGUAAAUCAGGCUUUAGUGAAAAUGAUUUCUGUCUCCAAUGAUGACAACUGCAGCGGCGAAAGGUCUUUCAGAAUUAUGAAACGCAAACAAAUACUUGCGAUCAACUAUCGGUCAGACUCGAUUGGGAAGCCUGUAUCUUCUUAGCCUGCGCGCAGACCCAGUAUUUUGAAGAAGAAAGUCAGAAUACUGGGUCUGCGCGCAGGCUAGUAUCUUCUCAGUAUCGACCAUGAUGUAAUGGACAUGUUUUCGAUGGAUGACAUUAUAUCUGACUUUGCAGCUUCAAAUACUAGAAUAGUGUUGAGAUAACGCAUGUUAUACCGUACGAUGUUUACGCCGUGACAUUUUCGUAAUUGCAUUUUAUCCUAAAGUGUAAUUGUCAUACAUUUAAACUUGUUGCUUUAAGUUUUAGCAAUAUACGUUAAUGACGCUAAUUCUUUGUUAUAACAUAAUAUUAUUUUUCUUGGCAGAAAUCGGUCCCUAGUAUUUAAGGCCCCCGGUUCUAGUAUUGGUUAAUCCGCCACUGUUCAGACAUGGCUUCGUUAUCAUUCUAUGGUGUCACUCUUGCUUCCAGGAAAUUACUUUUCAAGUCACGUUAGUUGUGCCAACUUCCGCCUCCGGAAAGUGAUGAUUUAAGGACAGAGAGAAUCCCUUGUUUCUCUAGGCGAAACAAAAUAGAGUUUUCCACUAAAUAAACAGGAAUAAAAGAUUCAUUCAACGUGUGCUUAAAUUGACCCCUUCGUGAGUCAAUGUCUCAACAACAAAUUGGUUUGAUAGCGUGAGUCAAAUAGUCACAAAUCGACUGAGAUCCAUUGCAAAACAAAAUGCCUAGUUAUGCCUUGCUGUUCGGCAAUCGAGACCGACAAUUAUAGGAGAACAUAGAGCAACAUAAAAUUCCAAAUGAGUGGUUGAGAUUUCCCCAAUGCGAGCUUUGAAUUUAGCAAAGCCGCGUGGUCACGAAACCCUAAAAAAUAACACGUAUAUCAUGAAACAUAUACACUUCUUCGCUUCUGCAAAAAUGGAUUCAGUUAGCAAACAAUUUGCAUCGAUAGUUAUGCUAUGACGUAAUUUUCAUUGCUAGCUACCAGGGUUUUUGUGUAUUGUCCUUAAGAUCGACAAGUGCAAUCUGUUGACAAGAUAU